UCUUCAUCUUCUUCUUCUUCUUCUUCACUUGAACACAAAUCCAAUGGAUUUGAGUCACAAAGACAUGCAAUUCCAUGGAGCCUUUGAAAUCUUCAAAGAAACCUUCAAAAUCAUCAACAAAAACACAAAGAUCUUUUCCAUGGCGGCUCUUUGCUUCAUCCACCCUCUAAACUACAUGCUCUCAGGCUUCAUGGAGACCUUAAAUGAUCUCCUUAGAAACCUCCAUGAAUAUGGGAACAUGUCACAUCUCUUCUCUCACAAUUGGUCUCUCUUUUGGCCCUUCCAAGUCUUUUGCAUCACAUUCCUUUUCGGUUGCUCUAUCUUGUCCACCGCGGGCGUCUCUCAAACCGUCGUCGCCUUAUACUCCGGCCGAGAACCGUCCGUUAAGGACACCAUGAGCGUCGUAGUCAAGGUUUGGAAGCGAGUUCUAGUCACGUUUCUUUGUGUUGGUUUGGUUUUCUUGGCAUAUCAUAUCAUAGCUGGAUUUGGUUUGUUCUUGAUUGUUUGGCCAUUUGGGAAAGUUGAUGGAACAACUUUGGCUAUGUUCUUGAUUCUUUACUUAAUUGGGUUGUUGUAUUUGAUCAUUAUUUUCCAAUUGGCUGGGGUUGUUUCUGCGUUGGAAGAGUCAUGUGGGUUUCAAGCCAUGGCUAAGAGUAGGUUGCUUUUGAAGGGAAAGAUGGUGUCAGCGGUCGUCGUCGUGUCGGCGAUCUAUUCGAGUUUUGGGAUUCUCCUAUGGUUAAAGUAUCAUGUUAAAAUGAUGCUUUUUUCGCCGUCUUUGGUUAUAUGGAUGUAUGUGUCGGCGAACCUUUCGUUACUAUUGUUGAUUUUGGUUUUCUUGUUGUGGAGGCUCGUGUUGGAGACGAUGUUCUACUUUGUAUGUAAAUCAUAUCAUCAGGAGAGUAUCGACGUGUUGGCUUUCUCAGAUAAACAACUUGUUCCUUUAAGAAGCUCAAAAUGUUAAUUAUUGGCGCAUAUCAAGGAUGGAGAGUGAUAUGAAUCAAGACAUCUCAAUUAUACCGUAUGAACUUGAAGGAAGUUGUGAAAAAUGUUGUUCACAUUAUCGUGAGAUAAAGUCAAGUUCUAUUAAAGUUUAACUCAAGUUGCAAUCAAUUUCAGAUCAAGAAAGAAUCAAGAGUUUCAGUUUUAGGCUAUACAAAACCAUGUAUGUUAUCCCCUAAAACAGACUUGAAAAAUGUAGUAAAAAAUGCAUUCAUGCUCUUUAUAGCCGAUGACUAAGUUUUUUUUGCAAUUCUAUAUAGUUUAGAUUACUCGAAUAGAUAUUAUCGAGAUAUUUUUUUACACUCAAUAAUAAGACGGCAAGGUGGUUGAUUUU